UUAGGAAGAACCAACUGUAUAAAAACAAAAAAGAUGAAGUACCUUCUCUUCACAAUUGUCAGCAUUGUUGACCUCAUAUCCCUGGGCUCUGCCAUCUCUCAAAGGACUUUUCAAGAAAUACAAGAAGAAAUAGCCAGCUAUGGAGAUAUUGCUAAAGCUAUCAUCAAUCUUGCUGUGUAUGGUAAAGCCCAGAACAGAUCCUAUGAGCGAUUGGCACUUCUGGUUGAUACCAUUGGCCCCAGACUGAGUGGCUCCAAGAACCUAGAAAAAGCCAUCCAAAUCAUGUACCAAAACUUGCAGGAAGAUGGGCUGGAGAAUGUCCACCUGGAGCCCGUCAAGAUACCCCACUGGGAAAGGGGAGAAGAGUCUGCUGUGAUGCUGGAACCAAGAACUCAUAAGAUGGCUAUUUUGGGUCUUGGCAGUAGUAUCGGGACCCCUCCAGAAGGCAUUACAGCAGAAGUUCUGGUGGUGACCUCUUUCGAUGAACUGCACAGAAGGGCCCCACAAGCCAGAGGGAAGAUUGUUGUUUAUAACCAACCUUACGUCAAUUACUCGAGUACAGUGCUCUACCGAGUUCAAGGGGCUUCUGAAGCUGCCAGAGUAGGGGCAGUGGCAUCCCUCAUCCGAUCGGUGGCUUCCUCCUCCAUCUACAGUCCUCACACAGGCCUUCAGGAAUACCAGGAUGGUGUGCCCAAGAUCCCAACGGCCUGCAUUACAGUGGAAGAUGCAGAAAUGAUGUCAAGAAUGGCUUCUCGUGGAUCCAGAAUUGUCAUUCAGCUGAAGAUGGGGGCGAAGAACUAUCCAGAUGCUGAUUCCUUCAACACUGUAGCAGAGUUGGUUGGGAGCAAGUACCCUGAGCAGGUUGUACUGGUCAGUGGACAUCUGGACAGCUGGGAUGUUGGUCAGGGUGCCAUGGAUGAUGGCGGUGGAGCCUUUAUAUCCUGGGAAACCCUCUCACUUAUUAAAGAUCUUGGACUGCGCCCAAAGAGGACCCUGCGUUUGGUGCUCUGGACUGCGGAAGAGCAGGGUGGAGUUGGUGCCUUCCAGUAUUACCAGUUACACAAGGCAAAUAUUUCUAACUACAGCCUGGUGAUGGAGUCAGACUUGGGAACUUUCUUUCCUUAUGGACUGCAGUUCACCGGCAGCGACAAGGCCAGGGCCAUCAUGAAGGAGGUCAUGUGCCUGCUGCAGCCCAUCAAUGUCACGCAGGUUCUUCAGUACGGAGAAGGCACAGACAUCAGCUACUGGAUCCAAGCUGGAGUGCCAGGCGCCAGUCUACUUGAUGACCUCUAUAAAUACUUCUCCUUCCAUCACUCCCACGGAGACACCAUGACUGUCAUGGAUCCAAAGCAGAUGAAUGUUGCCGCUGCUGUCUGGGCUGUUGUAUCUUUUGUUGUUGCAGACAUGGAAGAAAUGCUCCCCAGGUCCUAG